CACCCCACCUCCUCUCUCUCUCUCUCGUUCAUGCAGGAAAAUGGCAGAGGCCAGUAUUUCAGUAGAUCAGGAUCAGUUCAGCUGUCCAGUGUGUCUGGAUCUCCUGAAUGAUCCAGUGACUAUUCCCUGUGGUCACAGUUUCUGUAAGGUGUGUAUUAAUACUCACUGGGAUCAGGAGGAUGUGAAGGGCGUCUACAGCUGUCCUCAGUGUAGAGAGACUUUCACUCCAAGGCCUGUUCUACGCAGGAACAACAUGCUGGCUGAAGUGGUGGAGAAACUGAAGAAGACUGAACUCCAAGCUGCUUCUCCUGCUCACUGUUACGCUGGACCUGGAGAUGUGGAGUGUGAUUCCUGCACCGGGAGAAAACACAAAGCUGUCAAGUCCUGUCUGGUUUGUCAGGCCUCCUUUUGUGAAGAUCAUCUUAAACCUCACUAUCAGUCUCCUGCCUUUAAGAAGCACAAGUUAGUUGAAGCCUGUGCAGAGCUCCAAGAGAAGAUCUGCUCUGAACAUGACAAACUGAUGGAGAUCUACUGUCGUACUGACCAAAGCUUCAUCUGUUACUUGUGUACGAUGGAUCAACACAAAGGUCAUGAUACAGUUUCAGCUAAAGCAGAAAGAACUAAAAAACAGAAUGAGGUAAAAGAAGAGCAGACGAAAUCCCAGCAGAGGAUCCAGGACAAGCAGAAGAAGGCGCAGGAGCUGAAACAGACUGUGGACAUUAUUAAGAUGUGUUCACAGGCAGCAGUAGAUGACAGUGAGAUGAUCUUUACUGAACUGAUCAGCUCCAUGGAGAAAAAGCGCUCAGAGGUGAUGGAGCUGAUCAGAGCUCAGGAGAAAGCUGAAGUGAGUCGAGCUGAACGACUCCUGAAUCAACUGGAGCAGGAGAUUGCUGAUCUUAAGAGGAGAGUCACUGAGCUGGAGCAGCUUUCACACACACAUGAUGACAUCCACUUCCUCCAGAGUUUCCCGUCUCUCUGUGUUUCUCCUGGAUGUGACGACUCACCCAGCUUCACUGUCAAUCAACACAUCUCAUUUGAUAAAGUGAUGAAAUCUCUCUCAGGUCUGAAAAUCCAAGUCCAGGAAAUCUAUGAGGAGAAAUUCAACAAAAUCCAACCACAAGCUGCAGCUGUUCGGGUGAUCUUACCCUCAGUUCUAAAAAGCAGAGAAGAUUUUUUGCAGUAUUUCUGUUAUCUGACUCUGAAUCCCAACACAGCAAAUCGUCAACUCAUUCUAUCUGAGAAGAACAGAGUGGUGACACGCAAUAGAACACGUCAGCGAUACUCUGAUCAUCCAGAGAGAUUUGACUCCUGGAUUCAGGUGUUGUGUAAGGAGAGUGUGUGUGGACGCUGUUACUGGGAGGUGGAGAGGAGCAAUGACAUAGAAAUAUCAGUCUCCUAUAAAGAGAUCAACAGAAAAGGACGGGGUUAUGAGAGUUUGUUUGGGCGCAACAGUCAGUCCUGGAGUCUGGAGUGUUCUUCUCCUUCUGUCUUUUUUUGGCACAACAACAUUAAGACUGAGAUCCGAGGUCCAUCAUCCUCCAGAAUAGGAGUGUAUGUGGAUCACAGUGCAGGAACUCUGUCCUUCUACAGUGUCUCUGACACCAUGAGGCUCCUCCAUAGAGUCCACACCACAUUCACUCAGCCGCUGUACGCUGGGUUCUGGCUCAUUCGUUGUAACUCAGUUGUGAAGUUAUGUGAUCCAACUGAAAUGUAAAAAAAAACAUUUAUUUUUCCUUAACCAGUUUUUGGUCAAGGGCCUGCUUUAAAAAAGUUCAUGCAAAGCAGAAUGCAAAAAAAAUCUAUAAUUAAAAUAAGCAUUUAACAAACUUCAUUUUUUUUUAAAUAACUAUAAACAAACUACAAAUACACACAAAUAUAUAUCAAUAGCCUAAGCUCAGGAAUUGUUUUAGGAUUCGUGUCAGAACUGUCUCAGUGGCACAAAUCUGAGGAAGAGACCCAUUGUUUCAGAGGCACAAAUCUGAGGAAGAGACCCAAACACCUUCUGCAGCUUUGUAGGUGUCACAUUAGCCUCCAUAAUUCUUAAACAAAAGAUUUUUGAAAAAGUAGAGACAAAAGUCCAAACCAUACAUCCAUUUUCUGCAAUUCUUUCACACCAAACUGUUUGAAUCCCUCUGGUCUAAUGAAACUAAAAUGAUCUUUUGUCAAAAUGACAAGCAUUCAGUCUGUAACAAACCAGGAACGCUCAUCAGAUGGGUAAGUCCAACUCUCCUGUGAAGCCUGCUGGUGGCAGUAUCAUGUUUGGAGAUGUUUUUCAGCUGCAUGAGAUACUCAUCAUUAUUGUAGGAACUAAUCAAAGUUCUUUGAAGAUGUGUACAAAAAAUUUAGCUUUCAACAUGACAAUGACCCGAAACACAUGUUAAGUGUUAAGACACGUGUAUCUGUUUUUGAGUGGUUCACCCAGCUUCACUGUCAAUCAACAUCUCAUUUGAUGUAGUGAGGAAAUCUCUCAGAUCUGAAAAAAAAAAAUCUAAAAUUUGUGAGGACUAAUUCAACAAAAUCAGACCACAAGGUGAACAAACAAACAUUGUUUCUGUAUCAGUAAAAAGAGCCAAAAUUUCAUCUAACAGGAAUAAGAAGUAAGCAGGACCAAGACUGCAGAAAAUCACACAGUAUUAGCAUCAGUCUUGUAAAUGAUAUCAAGAUCAAUUUAGCAGAAAAAGUACAAAUGUAGGAGCUAUUUGUCUAUUUUUGUUUGUGUAAUGUUAAAAUUUUGUUUAUUUCUAUAGUUUAUUUUUUGGUCUUUUGUGUUAAUUUAUGUUAAUUAGAAUAUGUUUACUUUUCUUAGUAUUCUUCUAAUUCGAUUUCUAACAGUAUUUCUUUUCUAUUGGGUUAGGACAUGUGCACCUACUGUAGGGGAUAAAAGGGGUUCAGUUGUGGCAACCCAGUAUGCACCUGGGUGGGCCUAUGGUUUUUUUUACCAGUUUGUCAAGCCAGUUGGGCACAGGGAGCAGGAGAUGCAAAAUUCUUUGUUUGCAAAAUUCUUUGAUUCAUAUAAAUCCCUUUUAAUAAAGCUCAUCAAACGCA